UAUAAAUAUGUGAAAUUUUUGAAAUGAAACAUGUCAAACAUGACAUGCUAACAUGUCAAAAAUGUUGCAGAAGAAGGGCAUUAUACGAUUAGCAGCAAGUGCCUGCGAUCUCGAGAGGACAUUGCUGGGCGGUCAGAGUUUUCGUUGGCGUAAAUUGAGCAAUGAGCGGCAAACAAAAUACUGUGGAGUUGCGUUGGACACGUUUUGGGUUCUAGCACCAACAAAUGAACAUAUUGAAUUCGAGGCUUUUGCCGACUCAGUUCCGGAACAAACGUAUGUGUAUGAAGCUAUGCUAAGUGAAUAUUUGCGUGCCGACUUUGAUUUGGAACGGGAGCAAUGCUCCUGGACGAAGAAUGAUGAGAAAUUUGCAACGUUCAGUGGCAAGCCAGUGCGAAUAUUGUCCCAAGAGCCUCUUGAGAAUAUUAUUUGCUUCAUAUGCAGUCAAAAUAAUAAUAUAAAGCGCAUCUCGGCCAUGAUCCAGUGGUUCUGUUCCUCGUAUGGCACUAAGAUUGGCCAUUUCCAUGGCCAGGAUGAGUACACCUUUCCCGCCCUGCAAAAGUUCAAAGACAUUGACUGCAAGCAGUUGGACUUGGAUCUACGAGCUGCCAAAUUUGGCUAUCGGUCGAAAUUCAUAGCCCAAACAUUAGAGCAGAUACAAAAGCGUGGCGGUGAUGAAUGGUUCGAGAAACUGCGCCAAUUGCCGUAUAACGAAGCACGUGAGGCUUUAGUAGAGUUACCUGGCAUCGGAUACAAGGUGGCCGAUUGCAUUUGUCUGAUGUCCUUGGGUCAUCUGAUAGCAGUCCCUGUGGAUACGCAUAUUUAUAAGUUGGCUCAGCAACACUAUUUGCCCCAUUUGACUGGCCAAAAAAGUGUUACCAACAAAAUCUAUAACGAGGUGGCUCAACAUUUUCAACAACUACAUGGUCCAUAUGCGGGGUGGGCUCAAGCGGUACUGUUUUGCUCUGCUUUACCCGAAUUCAAGGAUAAAUCCGAAGAAGACGACCCACCAAAAAAGAAGAGUAAAAAGCUAAAAAAGUAAUUACAUACUUGUAGGAAAAGUAUGUACCUAUUUCUAAAAUGGAAGACAACUUAGAUUAUUCAUUGAAGGUCUCGCUGCUUUCCCCUUGAGCUUUGUUUAAACAAAUGGGUGGGAACAAGAAAACGCAUUUAUCUAGUUGUUACUAGUUGAUUACUAAUUGUCUAUUAAGUAGGAUGAUGCUCAACAAACAAUAAAAACGAGAGACCUUUUACUUUAUGUAAAUGAAA